AUGCAUGCUCGGGAAGGCAUUCUUGUCAACGACGUUUUUCAAAUUGAAGAAUUCUUAUUUGAUGCCAACAGUGUUGAUGAUGAUCUUGUUGACUCCACUCGUAAGGAUGUAAAUGCAUCUACUCCUGGAACUUCGCAUGCUCAUCACGUGGGAGACAGAUUUGAAGAUACUUGCUUAUUUGAUUCGGGAUCGCGAGAAUCUGAUUGGAAGCCUGCGUCUGCUAGCAUUAAAAUUGUUGAAACUAUGGCAAAUCAAGGAGCUUCUCCUCGAGAGAUGCUUCGAACUUUAUUACCUAAUUUAACUCUUCCUGACGAUAUAUCGGAAGACGAUAUAUUUCGAAUUAUACACCAGAUAAUAUCCAGCGAUCGACCUAGGAGAGAGAAGCUUGUGGAGUACAACACGUUUGAGGAUGCCAUAGAGCUUUUUAGAAGAAGCAGACGUAUACUGGUGCUUACUGGAGCAGGUGUUUCUGUUUCUUGUGGGAUACCUGAUUUUCGUAGCAAAGAUGGAAUUUAUGCCCGGCUUCGUGUUGAAUAUCCAGACUUACCCGAUCCUACUGCUAUGUUUGACAUCAGUUAUUUUGCGCGCGAUCCUAAACCAUUCUUCGAAUUUGCAAGAGAAAUAUUCCCGGGACAGUUUGAAGCUUCGAUAUCUCAUUACUUUAUCAAAGCCCUUGAGAUGGAAGAUAAGUUACUGAGAAAUUACACCCAAAACAUCGACACUUUGGAACAGGUUGCUGGAAUAAAUCGCGUAGUGCAAUGUCACGGCUCGUUCGCGAAAGCCACUUGCAGGUUUUGCGGUACCCAAGUAAACGGGAUGAGCAUUAAAGACGAUGUUUUUGCCAGGCGGAUUGCUAUGUGUCGUGUUUGCAACGAUCCUCGAGGCGUUUUGAAGCCUGAUAUAGUCUUCUUCGGUGAGGACCUCCCUGACGAAUUUCAUGACCGUAUGGUUGAAGAUCGUCCAGAGGCAGACCUUUUAGUGGUCAUUGGGUCGUCGUUAAAAGUCCAGCCUGUUGCAUUAAUUCCGUUUAGUGUUGAGCCAAAUGUUCCCCAGAUUUUAAUAAAUCGGGAAUCUCUUUCCAAUUACACACCGGAUAUUGAACUUCUUGGGAAUUGUGAUGAUAUUAUUGCACAGAUAGCUUUGGCUCUUGGUCCUCCUUACACCGAAAUUUUUAAAAAAGGUUGCUUUGAAGCCUCUAUUAAGAAAUUAAAGUUGCUUGAUGAACCUAGCCCGAAAAGACCACGACCUGAAGAAGAAGCUGCCUGCAUGUGGCAGGCUCGUUAUGUCAGUGUUGAUUCUAAAUUGCCUCCAGAUGCAUACCUCUUCGUUGCCCCUAACAAGAAUUUGUUUUCUGGUGCGGAGAUGGUGUAUGACAAGGACGAUGAUGUUUUCUGCCAGCUUAGACAGUACCAUAGGGAAUUUUCUUCAUCAUCUAGUGAGAGUUCGCCAGAUUCCGAAAAUAUCAUUGAAAUGACUGGCAGGACACGGUCAUUGUCUCUGACAGUUCCAGCAGCUCGAGUAAACACUGUAUUCCAUCCAGUAAGGCGGACAAAUUCAUGUCCGUUGUCAGGUGAGAAUGCUCUGAUUUCUUCUGAUCUUCCAGACUGCACAUCUGACCUGUCCGACGAUGCCCAUGUAGUCAAGGAGGCCCCGAAUUAG